UUUUUAUGUAAGGGGAUUUUUCUUAUUGGGGGGGUUGUUAAAAAAUAAAUAUAAGGGCGGCCAUCUUUGUUUCUCUGCCUUGUAGUGUAAAAUAUUCCAAAACGCCCCCCACUUUGUGUGUGUGUGUGCCGAUUUGAAUAUUAAAAUAAAUAUUAUUCGGAAGGAAUAUACUUUUUGAUCUCGAGGACGGGGUCGCUGACAGGGAUAUAAUGUCCUCACCUCUCCGUUCUUGUGAGGAAGAUGAGGGCAUGGCGGUUAAUUCCGAGGGAGGAGAUUUUGAUGAAGAAGAAGAAGACGACGGGGAGCUGGACGAGAACGCAAGCGACAUAAACUCACCGGCAGCGCCUCGAGAAACUGCAGCGCUAGCCGCGCCAGACGAUGUUGAGGAUGGAGGGGAAACAUCAGAGAGGGAAAGCCUGGGAAAGAAGAAGAGAGGGCCAAAAAAGAAGAAGGAAGCUAAAAAGAAAGACAAAGAGGGCAAGACCACCAAAGCACGCAAACGCAAAAAAAUAGACAGCGAUAUAGAAAGAGACUCCGAACAGGACUACGGGGUGAACUCAGAUAGUGCGCUCAGUGAUUAUGGCGAGAAGAAGAAGAAAAAGAAGCAUAAAGACAAGAAAGAAAAGAAGACCAAGAAAAAGAAAAAAGAUGAUGAAGACAGUACACACGAAGAGACCACGAAACCAGUAGAACUAAAGACAUCUGCUCAGCUGGCAAAGGACUGGGGUCUGGAGGAUGUGGAUCAUACUUUCACAGAGGAGGACUAUCGGACACUAACCAACUACAAGGCCUUUAGCCAGUUCAUGAGGCCUAUGAUAGCUAAGAAGAAUCCUAAGAUCCCCAUGUCUAAAAUGAUGACCAUCUUGGGAGCGAAGUGGAGAGAGUUCAGUUCCAAUAACCCCUUCAAAGGUUCAGCAGCCGCUAUCGCAGCUGCAGCAGCCGCUGCUGCAGCAGCCGUUGCUGAGCAAGUCUCCGCGGCAACCGCUUCUCCUGAACCACCCCCUCAGCCACCCCCACUUCGCAAGGCCAAGACCAAAGAAGGGAAAGGCCCUGGUUAUAAAAAGCGCAGCAAGAGUCUACGCACCUCUGACAAAAAGAAGCCCAAGCCUAAGAAGAUGGCUCCCCUCCGAAUAAAACUGGGAACUCUCGGGAACAAGCGCAAGAAGAGCAGCUCGAGUGAAGAGGUGGAUGAUGAUGACUCUGAGCAGGAGAACUCGAGUGUUCACAGCUCCUCGGUGCGCUCAGACAGCUCCGGCCGGGUGAAGAAGAACAAGCGAGGUCGGCCAGCAAAGAAAAAGAAAAAAGUGCUUGGAGAUGAGGAUGGUGAUGGCUAUGAGACAGAUCAUCAGGACUACUGUGAGGUGUGUCAGCAGGGAGGGGAGAUCAUCCUGUGUGACACGUGCCCCAGAGCGUAUCACCUAGUGUGUCUGGAGCCUGAGCUGGAGAAAGCUCCUGAGGGCAAAUGGAGUUGCCCACACUGCGAGAAAGAAGGGAUUCAGUGGGAGGCGAAAGAAGAAGACUUUGAGGAGUUUGAAGAAGAGUGUGAUGAUGGAGGGGUGGUGGAGCCAGGACCAGGAGGAGAGGAAGAGGAGGAUGAUCACAUGGAGUUCUGCAGAGUGUGUAAAGAUGGAGGGGAGCUGCUAUGCUGUGACUCCUGCCCUUCCUCUUAUCACAUACACUGCCUCAACCCGCCCCUGCCUGAAAUACCCAACGGAGAGUGGCUCUGCCCCAGAUGUACAUGUCCACCCAUCAAAGGGCGGGUGCAGAAGAUCCUCCACUGGCGAUGGGGUGAACCUCCGCCUCCUGUGCCUGUUCCUCCACCUCCGGAUGCACCACCUGAUGCUCCACUCCCACCUCCUAUGAAAGGCCGACCAGAGAGAGAAUUUUUCGUUAAAUUAGCAGGACAGUCAUACUGGCAUUGCACCUGGAUCACUGAACUUCAGCUGGAGAUCUUUCACUCUGUGAUGUUCCGCAACUACCAGCGGAAGACUGAUAUGGAUGAGCCACCUAGUCUGGACUAUGGCUCUGGAGGAGAGGAGGAUUCUGGGAAAAGUGAGAAACGGCGGGCCAAAGACCCUCAGUAUGCUAUCUUAGAGGAAAAGUAUUACCGCUACGGCAUUAAGCCGGAAUGGAUGAUGGUACACAGAAUAAUUAACCACAGUGUGGAUAAGAAGGGGAACUACCACUACCUGGUGAAGUGGAGAGACUUAACUUACGAUCAGUGUACAUGGGAAAGAGAUGACUUGGACAUCCCAGAGUUUGGCAUCCAUAAGGCAGCUUACUGGAGACACAGAGAGGAGGUGAUGAAGGAGGACCCAGACAAGCCAAGGAAGAUGAGGAGAAAAGACGAGAAUGAUGAAGCUCCUGGCACACCUGUUAAUGAUCCCACGAUAAAGUAUGAAGAGCAGCCAGACUUUGUGACAGUAACAGGAGGAACUCUGCACCUCUAUCAGCUGGAAGGUCUCAACUGGCUGCGCUUCUCUUGGGCUCAGGGCACCGAUACCAUCCUGGCCGAUGAGAUGGGCCUGGGCAAGACUAUCCAGACCAUUGUUUUUCUCUACUCUCUCUUUAAAGAGGGUCACACCAAGGGGCCGUUCCUGGUGAGCGCCCCACUCUCCACCAUCAUCAACUGGGAGCGGGAGUUUGAGAUGUGGGCUCCAGACUUCUACGUGGUCACGUACACAGGAGACAAAGAAAGUAGAGCUAUCAUCCGUGAGAACGAGUUCUCCUUUGACGAUACGGCAGUGAAAGGAGGGAAGAAGGCCUUCAAACUGAGGAGAGAAGCUCCCAUUAAAUUUCAUGUGUUGCUGACAUCCUAUGAGCUGGUGACUAUUGACCAGACUGCCCUGAAAUCCAUCGACUGGGCCUGUCUAGUGGUGGACGAAGCUCAUCGUCUCAAAAAUAAUCAGUCCAAGUUUUUCAGGCGACUGAAUGACUAUAAGAUUGAUCACAAACUGCUGCUAACAGGCACGCCCCUUCAGAACAACCUGGAAGAGCUUUUUCACCUGCUUAAUUUCCUCACCCCCAACCGCUUCAAUAAUCUGGAGGGCUUCCUGGAGGAGUUUGCGGACAUCUCCAAGGAGGACCAGAUCAAGAAGCUGCAUGAUCUGCUGGGGCCACACAUGUUGAGACGGCUCAAGGCGGACGUGUUUAAGAACAUGCCGGCUAAAACGGAGCUCAUUGUUCGAGUGGAGCUCAGCCCUAUGCAGAAAAAAUACUACAAGUUCAUCCUGACUCGGAACUUUGAGGCACUGAACUCGAAGGGAGGAGGGAACCAGGUUUCUCUGCUCAACAUCAUGAUGGACCUGAAAAAAUGCUGCAACCAUCCCUACCUCUUUCCUGUCGCAUCCAUGGAAGCUCCAAAGACACCAAGUGGAGCAUAUGAGGGAGUCAGUCUCACAAAGGCUUCUGGGAAACUGAUGCUGCUGCAGAAGAUGCUGAGAAAACUGAAAGAGCAGGGCCAUCGUGUGCUUGUGUUCUCUCAGAUGACUAAGAUGCUGGAUUUGCUGGAGGAUUUCCUGGACUAUGAGGGUUAUAAGUAUGAGCGCAUUGAUGGGGCAAUCACUGGAGCACUGCGACAGGAGGCCAUAGACAGAUUUAAUGCUCCAGGUGCGCUUCAGUUCUGUUUCCUUCUAUCCACAAGGGCAGGGGGAUUGGGGAUCAAUCUGGCAACUGCCGACACUGUCAUUAUCUUUGACUCAGACUGGAACCCUCAUAAUGACAUUCAAGCCUUCAGUCGGGCUCAUAGGAUUGGUCAGGCAAACAAGGUGAUGAUCUAUCGAUUUGUGACCCGUGCGUCUGUUGAGGAACGGAUUACCCAGGUAGCCAAACGUAAGAUGAUGUUGACUCACCUGGUGGUGCGGCCAGGACUGGGCUCCAAAGCUGGCUCCAUGUCCAAACAGGAGCUGGAUGACAUUCUCAAGUUUGGCACAGAGGAGCUGUUCAAGGAUGAAACUGAAGCGGGAGACAAUAAGGAUGACGACAGUAGCGUAAUUCACUAUGAUAAUGCUGCCAUUGAACGUCUGCUGGACCGGAGUCAGGAUGCCACUGAUGACACGGACAUGCAGAACAUGAAUGAGUACCUGAGCUCCUUCAAAGUAGCCCAGUACACAGUCCGAGAGGAUGACAAGAUUGAGGAGAUUGAAAGAGAGAUCAUUAAGCAGGAGGAGAAUGUAGACCCAGAUUACUGGGAGAAGCUUCUCCGCCACCAUUACGAGCAGCAGCAGGAGGAUCUGGCCCGCAAUCUGGGCAAGGGCAAGAGAGUCCGCAAACAGGUCAACUACAACGAUGCUGCACAGGAGGAUCAAGAGUGGCAUGCUGAUAUCUCAGACAACCAGUCUGAAUACUCUGUGGGAUCUGAGGAGGAGGAUGAGGACUUUGAUGAGAGGCCAGAAGGUCGAAGGCAGUCUCGGAGGCAGAUCAGAAAUGAAAAGGAUAAACCGCUUCCUCCACUUUUGGCUCGAGUGGGUGGCAACCUUGAGGUAUUGGGCUUUAACACACGUCAGAGGAAAGCCUUCCUGAAUGCGGUGAUGAGAUGGGGUAUGCCUUCUCAGGAUGCUUUCUCCUGCCAGUGGCUGGUACGAGACCUGCGUGGCAAAAGCGAGAAGGAGUUCAAGGCAUAUGUUUCUCUCUUCAUGAGGCACUUGUGUGAGCCGGUAGCUGAUGGCUCAGAGACAUUUGCCGAUGGCGUGCCGAGGGAAGGUCUGUGCAGGCAGCCUGUGCUGACCCGCAUAGGAGUCAUGAGCCUGGUGAAAAAAAAGGUUCAGGAAUUUGAACACAUUAAUGGAAAAUGGAGUAUGCCUGAACUGAAGCCUGAAGUCACUGGGGACUCUAAGAAAUCCUCAAGAGCUUCCUCACCUGUUAUUAAAACAGCUACACCAACUCCAGAGCAGAGCUGCAACAACACACCCUGCACCUCAAAACCAGCCACACCAUCUCCACCUGAGAAACCAGAAAAGUUUGGAAAGGAGGGAGAACGAGAUGAGGGAGAGAGCCUGACUGAUGCAGAGAAGGAGAAGGAUAAAGGGAGGGAGGGGAAAGAAGGAGAAAACACAGACAUUACAGAAACUAAAGAGGAGACCGAACAAGAUACUGCACCCAGUGAAAAACCCGAACCAUCUGAAGGGCUCACAGCAGACUCCAAAUCAAAGGAAGCAUCUGACACAAUUCCAUCCUCACCAAAGGCAAGGUGUGGGAAAGAGAAGGGUGGAGAGGAGGAGAGCUCUAAGAAAGAGGCUGGUAUUGAAAAAAUGAAGGAAGAAUCUUCAUCAGAGCUUCCUGCAAUCAAAGACGAGAAGCAAGCAGAGAAAGGAGAGAAGAGUGAAAAGGGAGGAACAGGUGAAAAAGUCAUGGAAGAGAAAGAAAAAAGUGAGGAGGCACCUGUUCCUGCAGAAUCAGCAGAGAAGAAGGAGAAAGCAGACGGCCAAGCGCCGGAUGUUAAGAACGAUGAAGGCAAGAUGGAAAAGGAUGCUGGAAAAGAGGUCAAAGGCCAGAAGGAGGAGACGGCCAAGGGGAACGGCAAACCAGCUGAGCGUCCUCGCUUCAUGUUCAACAUUGCAGAUGGAGGAUUUACAGAGUUGCACACCCUGUGGCAGAAUGAGGAGCGAGCAGCAAUCUCCUCUGGCAAGAUGAAUGAGAUCUGGCAUCGGAGGCACGACUUCUGGCUGCUGGCUGGCAUUGUACUUCAUGGCUAUGCUAGAUGGCAAGACAUUCAGAACGACCCCCAGUUCGCCAUCGUCAAUGAGCCGUUCAAGUCCCAAGCCAACAAGGGCAAUUUCCUGGAGAUGAAGAACAAAUUCCUGGCCAGGAGAUUUAAGCUGUUAGAGCAGGCGUUGGUGAUUGAGGAGCAACUGCGUCGAGCGGCAUACCUUAACAUGACGCAGGACCCCACUCACCCGGCCAUGGCUCUGAAUGCACGCUUCGCUGAGGUGGAGUGUCUGGCAGAAUCACACCAACACCUCAGCAAAGAGUCACUUGCGGGAAACAAACCUGCCAAUGCCGUCCUACACAAAGUUCUCAACCAACUGGAGGAGCUGCUCAGCGAUAUGAAAGCUGAUGUAACGCGGCUUCCUGCCACACUGUCCAGAGUCCCACCAAUCGCAGCACGCCUGCAGAUGUCUGAGAGGAGCAUCCUUAGCAGACUGGCCAACAAGGGCAAUGAGACACACACACCACCGCCCAUCCCACCUGGACCGUAUGCAACUCCACAGAACUAUGGCCCCCCUUUCACCCCAGCGCCACCAGCCAUGGCUCUGGCUGCGGCCAACUACAGCCAGAUGCCUCCAGGCUCGUUCAUAUCAGAAGCCCCACUCUGCCUGAAGACCAAAGAGCACAACGUCCUACAGCGCCAGCGUGUGGUGGACCUUUGGAAGGACGGCAGGUCGGAAGGGUCUAUUGGACAGGAGCUGCACAUGCCAAAAUCUACAGUGCACAGCAUCAUCGUCAAAUACCGCCUCAGCAACACGGUGGAGAACCUCCCUCGCAACGGCCGCCCCAAAAAACCCUGAUUGAUAGAUGCCAUGGACAAAAAACACACACUAAGAGGGAGAAAGAAUGAAGAGAGAGAAGCGAGUGAAAGUAGAAAGAGAGAAAUGUUAGAAAUCAAGCCAGAAGAAGCUUAGAAAUCCAGGCUGAGAAGGUUAUAAACCUGAUAAAUGGAGAGAGGAAGAGUGAAAAGGGGAAAGGGGUACAGAAGAGGGGCUAUCAGGAAACAGCUUAGCACAGAAAAAAGGGAAGAAGAGGAGGGAAGAGCUGAGAGCAAUUUAAGGUACACACAACCUCCCUGGCUGCCAAAGCAAAAUAAUAAAGUCAUCAGGAAUAAUAUGAACAGAAGGCAAGGUGAAUAGUCUGAAUAAAGUGAAGCGAGCAAGCAUGACAAAAGAGGAAAUCACCCAACCGUUUCCUGUGAAAAGUGGGAGCCAGUGAGACAGCCUGCAAAAAGCACCCCUCUCUCUCUCACCCUCACUAACCCCCCUCUCACUUUCAUCUCUCUCUCCGACACAAACCUCAGUGGAUUCAUCUUUCACUUGGCAAGAGAAAUAAGUGCACAUGUCGAAGUACCCAGGACCUUUACUCCCUAAUUCCUGUGGAAAUCUCUCUCUCUCUCUCUCUCUCUCUCUCUCUCCUUCUCUCUCUUUCUCUGGAGUCCCUUCACACUGAAACAUUGCAUAGUGUCAAAACCAAGGAAUUCCUGAGAUGGAUUGCAAGUUUGUUUUGUUUUCUCAACAUUUCCCAUCCUGAUCAGAGGCUUUAGGGAAUCACGGAUUGAAGGGUGAGAUGGACAGCCUCAGUUUUUUGCACCUCUAUGGUGGACUGAAUAAAUCCAGGAAACAAGCAUAAUGAUUUAUUUCUCCUUAUCAGCGAUCCUUUGAAAGAAAGAAAAAAAUGAACUGAAUCCAAGACGAUGACAAGUAGCAUUUUUUUUAUUUCUUAAACAACAUUUUUUUUAUUCUGGAUGCAAAGCUCUGUGAACUUUUACAGUAUGAAACACACUCUCAUUUGUGCUGACUGACCUUAUGAAUCUCCUUUGGGCAUAUUGGAGUGGUGUAUGUUGGCUAGACCCAGGUAGCCUCAGAUCUAAUCAGGGCCCUGGGGAAGUAAACAUAACUUUUGUUUUUCUACAAUAUAUGGCAGUGCCAUGCUUAGAUUCCAGUGUUUGUAAACCUUAGAUGGGAUUUUGUGGCUUAGAAUCUGAGAUUGGUUUGGAGGACAAGCAGGUCUGGGAGCAGUCCAAGGGGACGAUGCUUGAAUUCCUGUACAGGAUCAGAGCCAGAUCAGAUUAGCCAGAUCAGCCCCCGGUGGGACCCUUAUACAGUGCAGAACUGCUGUGGGAGGACUCUCACUGCACACGCACACACACACACACACACACACACAGGUACAUAAAUCAUAAAUUAAAAGUUUAAGGCAUUUUUAUGUGUACAAGAACGUGUGUCGGUGUGUGUUUUAAGCAUGCACUUGUGCAUGGUGUGAAGUUAUGAUUUGACAGUGAUGCUCUGUGUGGGUUCGUUCCUCUUGCCGCUAGGAGAGUGAUUAAUUGUGUAAGCGAAGUGGUUGUUUAGACAGGCAGGGGUCAUAGAGGCUGUCUGCCAACUGAAUAUUUUUCUGGAUAACUGAACGAGAGGAGGCGCUUAUGCAGGAGAGAACCUGCGCAGUGAAGCAAUGAAUACAAGUAUUUGAUGCCCUCGGAUCAGAUUUGCUGAGUGAGAGUGCAAUAAAUAAAAAAAUAAAAAAGAUCUGAAUGUGAGAUAUAAGUUAUUUUCCUUGUCCCGUGUGUACAUGACUGGAAAAAUCUUGCUUGUUAUUUAAGACCCUGGUUUGUUCCUUUUCUUUUUGCCAAUCACUAAAGAAUGUUUAUGAAAUGGUCUGAAUCAGAUUACAAGUUGAUAAGGUCCCUUUCCUUAUUUUCCUUUACUGUACAGUUAAUGGAUGUGGGCAUCAUUUCUGAUGAGCAUUUUGCACAGUGUAAUCAAUACGUAAAUAGUAGCAUUCACAUCACCGAGGCAAUAAUGUAUUUUAAACUUAAGUUUAUGUUUAAUAGGUAAGGAAUAAAAUGUGAUGGAGCGUGUUGUCAUAGGAAUAGGAUCAAUGAUGGGGAAGUAGGAUUUGGCCUGAUGUUUUUAAAUAACAGCAAGUGUUUUAUUCCUAUUUAGCAAUACGCCAAUGUUAAUGUUUUUAUUUGUUCAGCUGGAGGAGGCAUUAUGUUUGCAGGUUGUCCGUCCAUCAUUCCAAGAUUCGCAUUAGCACGAUAUCUCAAGAACAGUUGACUGAAUUUUUAGCCGAUUUGUAUGGAGAUAUCAAUGUAACCAGCAGAUGAAGAUGAUUCGAUUUUGGAAUUGAUACAAAACAGGGUCAAGCUCACAAUGUUUAAUGUGUGAAAUGAGUUUUUUCAUCAAUAUUUUCUUUCCUUUUUUUGAAGUAUAUUUUAUAUGUAUUUCUGGCAAACAAAUUAUUAAUCAGGAUUAGAUUUAGCAUCAGGUUUUACUUGUUUAUAAAAAAAAAAAAAAAAAAAAAGAAACGACACAUAAUACAUUGUAUUCAUUUAUAAUUAUGUUUAAUGUUGUAGAAUGUCUGUGAAACUAGUACUUUCUGUUAGCACUCUGAUUAUAGCAGCUAUAAACAUACCUGUAAGUCUU